GAAAAGCGCACGCGUCGCUUUGAAAAUUACAAGCAGCGAAAAAAACGCGCAAUUCAAUACAACAAAUUGUUAAACUAUUAAAAACACAUAGAUUAUAAAAUCUAUAAGCAUUAGCUUGUGCCGGCGUAAUACAUUUUAAUAAACAUGCCAGAAGAAGUGCCCGCCAAGGGCAGCAUAUUGGGCAAGCUGGUGCCCGCGCGCUAUGUGCUUGCCAUACUGGGAUCCAUUGGCAUGGCCAUUGUGUACGGAUUGAAGGUGAAUCUCAGCGUGGCCAUGGUGGCAAUGGUUAAUCAUACGGCUACGCAUCGCAGGCAGGAGGAGAACAUGAGCCACAUGAUGACAAAUGUAACAAGUGUAAAUCUGGUGCAAGAAUGCUCGCCGCCAGGUGGCGCUAGCAACGUAACUGCUAAAGUUGAGGAUGGACCCUUUGACUGGAGCGAGCCACUGCAGGGCACGCUGCUCAGCUGCUACUUCUGGGGCUAUUUGGUUUCCCAAAUUCCAUUGGCUCAUGUGGCCGAGAACUUCUCCGCCAAGUGGGUCAUGUUAUUCUCUGUGGCCAUUAACGUCGUUUGCACUUUGCUCACUCCCGUCAUGACUGAGGCUCAUUACAGCGGUUUGAUUAUAAUGCGUGUGCUUGAAGGCGUCGGCGGUGGCGCCUCCUUUCCAGCCAUGCAUGUCAUGAUUGCCGCUUGGGCGCCACCUAGUGAACGUAUGGUCAUGUCGACUAUCAUCUAUGUGGGCACUUCGGCAGGCACAGCACUCUCUAUUCUGUUAGCUGGUGUUCUCUCUGCCAAUUGGGGCUGGCGUUCCAUUUUCUAUGUCAUGGGCGCCUUGAGCUGCAUUUGGAUGGUUUUGUGGAUAUUGCUGGUGCAGGAUAAUCCCAAGAAGCAACGUCUGAUUAGUCCCGAGGAGCGUCACAUGAUUACCAGCUCACUGGGCACCGAGCAAAAGACCGAACAUCAUCCGGCAGUGCCUUGGGGCAAGGUCUUUAGAUCCGUGCCCUUCUGGGCAAUUCUCAUAGCGCACACUUGCAACAACUUUGGCUGGUACAUGUUCCUCAUUGAAAUUCCGUUCUAUAUGAAGCAGGUGCUCAAGUUCAAUGUUGCUAGCAAUGCUGCCUUGAGCGCCCUGCCCUACUUCCCCAUGAUUAUAUUCAGCAUAUUCUUGGGCAAAAUGCUGGAUACGCUCCAAUCGAAGGGCAAAAUCAGCACCACCGUUGCUCGUAAAACUGCUACCUCUAUAUGUACCGUUAUACCUGGUAUUUGUCUAUUGAUCCUCUGCUUCAUUGGCUGCCGUCAUUAUGAAGCUGUUACCGUCAUGUCUGUGGGCAUUGUCGCUAUGGGCGCUAUGUUCUCCGGUUUUCUAUCGAAUCAUAUAGAUAUUGCACCCAAUUUUGCCGGAACUUUAGUAGCGCUUACCAAUACUGCAGCCACUUUACCUGGCAUCAUCGUACCGCUCUUUGUCGGCUUUGUUACACAUGGAAAUCAAAAUAUUAGCGCUUGGCGCAUUAUCUUUGGCGUUACCAUCGUUCUAUUCGUGCUGGAAUUCUUCGUUUUUACCAUUUUUGGCUCUGGCGCUGAGCAAUCUUGGAAUAGAACUGGCGCACAAAAGGAAGCCGAAGCAAAGGACGAGAAAACACCGCUGAAGGAAACUGCCGUACCCAAGGCAUAAGACAUUCACUCUCUUCACUCUUCGCUUAGAACCAUCAAAUGUCUCUAAACUGUCGCAUUCUAUACAUGUAUAUACCCAAAAUCUACGCCUCAAAAUACCAAUUAUAGCUUUUAGUUCUCAACCUAAGUGUACUCGUGUCUCGGCAUCCGAAGCUAACUGUUAUACAAGAUUCUGCAAGAUAAGCUUGCCUGCUUUUAUUGUACUUAACAAGUUUCAAAAAAUAAAAGUUUAAGCUUUGAACAAAUUAUGU